GCCAAACAGACAAAUGCCGAUCAUGAAUCAUGUCAAGGCUUUAUUGCCUCGCUGCCAUCACUCAUAAAUCCAGCUGAAACAGGGUGAAAGCAGUCAUGGCGAGUACCCUGGAGCUGCCCUUCCGCCCGGACCCUCAGCUGACCGAGGUGAUGCGCCUGCGGGUCCAGUCCCUGCAGCAACGCAGCCAGAAACGUCAGGACGGCGAGCGCCUGCUGCAGCCCAACGAGGCCGUGUACCGCCUGGACUUCACCAAGCAGUCGCUGCGCUUCUCCCAUUGGACGGUGCGUCUGCCCCAGUCGGGCUGCCUCACCAUCACGGCCACGUCACAGCUGUGGACGCCAGACCUCACCCACCUGAUGACCCGCCAGCUCCUGGAGCCCCCGGGGGUCUUCUGGAGGGCAGCGAGCGAUGCUCGCGAGGCGGAGACCAAGUGCUAUGAGGCCGACGCGCAUGAGUUCGGCGAGCGCAUUGCCGAGCUGGCCAAGGUGAGGAAGGUCAUGUACUUCCUGUUUGCCUUCGGGGAGGGAUGCAGCCCCGAGACAGUGGACUGUUCCAUCACCUUCACAGGCUCAGGAGACUGCUGAAAAUAACUAAGUGGCUUUAAUUGAGUAACUAUAAGGAACAAAAGUAAUGGAACCUUUCAAUGUGUAUGUUUCGUUCCUGACUGGUUGGUUAGACCACUGAUUCUCAAAGUGUAGUAUAGGCUACCCACGAGUACUGCGUGCUUUUAUUAGGUACCAUUUUUAUUCAACAUUUUUGUGCAAUGCAUUUGAAUUGAAUUACUAUUUAGGUAGCUUUAAAAUA